GAGUGAGCCAGCGAGCGACCGAGAGGCGAGGUGGGUCGAGUGUGGAAAGAAACCAUCGAAGGAUAUGUUGCUUUGAUUUCCAAGCUGUCGGCAUGGCGAUGGCGCUCUUCUGCAGCUCUCCCCUUGUGGCUCCCUUGUCCUCGCUCUCGGUUUCUUCCUCCUGCACCGCCUCCUCCUCCUCCGUCUCGCAGUGGAAACUCCCUGUCGCUCCUCUGUCCGGUCAUACGACUGUGUUGUCGUCAAGUUAUAGCAAUGCGCGUGUUAUUGCUGCCUAUGUCCCGUUGAGGACAAUUGUCGUCAAGGCUUCUGAAGACGUCAUUGAGGCCUCUGUGAAUGAUGCUAGCGCGGAGCCGGCACCUGCCAUCACUACCAUGCUGUCUGAAUCUGAGCUUCUGAAGAGGAAGGCCAAGAAGGAAGAGCUCCGUCGGAAAAGGUUAGUCAGGAAGAGGAAGCUCAGGAAGAAAGGAAAAUGGCCUCCUUCCAAGAUGGCGAAGCUUAAGAAUGUCUAGGCUUCAUGUGCUCACGUACCUUCAAUGCUAUGUUGGUUCAAUCUAAGAGUGGCCACAGCAUUUAAUUUCUUCCUUUGCAAUUUGGAAGGGUUUUUCAGUAAUCAGAUUCUAGUUAGAAAGCAUAAUUGGACAUAUGCUUAACUUAGGAUGAUCAAAUUUUGAGUAUCCACAGGAUGCUCUGACGUUACGUGUCUAGAUCCUGUUGAGCAUAACUAGGCGUUAACAUUUAGUUGAAUGCAAGCGGUUCGGCUUGCAAGGAACAUCUCGAUGCUGUUACAAGUUUAGACACGGUAUGGUAUUUGGUGACAAAGCACUUCUAAGAAAACUUUCAAAAACUGUGUAAUUCUUCACACCUCCAUUGCAUUGCUUGGUGGGAGACGUCGGCAAUAUGGGCUAUGAUUGGUGAUAAUUGAGUGGUAUUUCAGUAAUGAAAGAACCAGAUCCAUUCCUUCCA